AUGAAUUAUAAUAAACGUCAGAUCAUUAAAGAGCCAAAUUCUCGAGAACUAGAUAAAAAAAAAUCACGAAAUUUAGAACCUUCUUCAGCUUGGUUGAAAGAAUGGGAAUGGUUGGAGUACUGUGAAAUCGAUGAAACUUUAUUAAUGUUUUAUCAAAAACAUCAAAAAGCAAAACAACAAUUCACACCUAUAUUACCAAACCAGCUAUUUGAGAAUGAUCGUAAAAUUAUUCAGCAAAUAAAAUGUGUUUAUUUUGCUGCAAAAAAACAUCUUUUAUUUAAUGUAUAUCCCGAUCUUUGUAGUUUAAUUAGUAGUAAUAAUAUCUUUUUAACAUCUCAACCACUUAAAUUUCCAUCACAAGAAUUAGUUGAAGUUAAAAAUUAUAGUUCUUAUUUAAAUUCUGUUGCAACUCAGAACUUUGCUGAAGCAAUUGUGCAUGUAAUCGAAACAAGUCUUAUUAAUGAAAUUAAGUUGUCAGUUAAUUAG